AAUUAGCGUCGCACAGACGCUCCAAACUCAAUUGUCCCCUCUCGCUCGCGCUCCAUCCGCUGUCUCGCUCCCUCGCGGAAGUCCGAUAGUUCCGAUAGUUCUUGUGGGUGCAACGGUAAAUUUAAAACCUGCAAAAUGGUGCAAUCAAACGAGAAAAACGAGGAUCAACUGAUGGCCAAACGGAUUUCGGAGCUGCAGGAGUGGCUCAAAUCGCAGCCGCAAUUACCGCAGAAUAUAUCCCGACUGCUGCUGCGCCGCUUUCUGCACACGACCCGAAAUGAUUUGUCCGCCGCCCAACGACUCUUGGAACUCAAUUACGGACUGCGAAACAAGCAUGCCCACAUCUUCAUCGAUCGCGAUCCGCUGGACGACAGUUCCCAGCAGCUACUGAAAGUCGCAGAUCUGGUGCCGUUGCCCGGUUUGACACCGGAAAAUAACAAGCUGCUUUUUUACCGCCUGAUCGACUUCGAUGCGGACAAAUUCAACUUCACGGCUGCGAUCAAGGUGUUCUUCAUGGUGGCCGACUGUCGCUUCGCCACGGAGGAUGAGGAGCGUUUGUCGGAUGGGGAGAUACCGGUCUUCGACAUGGCCGGCUAUACGCUGCGUCACCUGACCAAGACGGCCUUGGGAGCGCUGCGGGUCUACAUGAAGUUCGUCCAGGAGGCGCAUCCUGUGCGGCUCAAGGAGAUCCACGUGAUCAACUGCCCCUCGUUUGUGGACAAGGUCAUGGCCGUGGUUCGGCCGUUUAUCAAGGGCGAGGUCUUCAAGCUGAUCCACUUCCAUUUGCCCGAUUCGGAGACCCCAUACCGUCACUUUCCGCGCUCCAUGUUGCCGGAGGAGUACGGCGGCGAGGCGGGAAAAAUGUCCGAUCUGAAGCAGCAGUGGAUGCAGUUGCUCAAGGAGCAGAGGGACUAUCUGAUGGAUUCGGAGAACUGGCAGAUAAACAAGAACAAAAAGCGAAAAUCCAGCGACUUGGCAGUUACACAAAGUCUACGCUCCCUUGAAAUUGAUUAGUCGCCGCGCGCACAACUGUACCUUAAUAUUUGUGGCCUUUUUACGAUUUUCACCUUCUCCUAGAUUUUACUAAAGUGAAGUCUAAUUUGAUCUGGAUUUGAACUCAACGCAUUUAAAUUUGAAAAUCUUACAAAACAUAAUUACUUCUGAGAAACUUUUCACUAGACUAGUUUUUGACAAUGUCUUAAACUCUUAAAUCCAAGAAUUUUGUGGGAAUCCAGUUUGAUUGCUAUUUUUGCCCUUCGCUGAAACCAAUUAGAGCUAUGGUUUCAUAAUCCCAAAUUGGAAAGCAAAUCAGAAAUGAUAGGCUUUAGGCACUUUUUGCCGAAUAUUGGUGAAUGUGAAAGUCGGAUAAGGCCCAUUUGUAUUGUAUUGUAUUUUUGUUUUGUUCUCGUUCCACUUCCCAGCUGGGCUUGGGUUUAUGUAAAUAUAUGUAUGCUAUGCUUAAA